GUUUGGAGAAGUGGAUAUACAUUAUUUUGAAAAAGACUUUUCUCACGCCGACUUUUUUUAUUAACAUAAUAGAUUAUUGGCAUAAAAGAAUAAAAAACAAGCAAACGCCGCUCAAAAGAUUCAACUUCACUGUGAUAUAUUUUGUAGCUAUAUUUAGUUGAGUUUUAUUUUGUUGUAUCUACGCCUAGUCAAAUAGGUUGGAGUUUUUUAAAACGUUUUUGUUUCUUUUUCCUGUGAUUAUUUUUUCCAGUAUGUUGGAUAUCGUAACAAAAAAUAAGCCUGCAAGUGGGGACUCUAUGGAGAUGAGGGAAUUGACAGCAAGGAUUUGCAGAGAUUACCUUCAUGGGGCAUGGAAGAAAGCUAAUGCCAAAAAUAUUGGAUUCAAGCACAUCAGUGGCGGUCUAUCCAAUUUAUUAUACCACGUAUCCCUUCCGGACUUUUUAUCUAGCGAAACAAACAAGGACCAAGACGAGCCCAGGGAGGUGCUGAUCAGGAUCUACGGACAAACCCACGGAGAAGGUGCCCUUGAAGCCUUGAUCACCGAAUCCGUCAUUUUCACCCUAUUAUCCGAACGUGGUUUGGGACCUAAAUUGCACGGAAUCUUCCCUGGAGGCAGGAUCGAACAGUAUAUUAAUGCUAGACCUCUUUUAACUAAGGAAAUGUCAGACGAAAAGCUGUCGGUACAAAUAGCUAAAAAAAUGGCCGCUAUACAUACGAUGGAGGUCCCUUUACACAAAGAACCAGAUUGGUUGUGGAACACUUUGGAAAAAUGGCUUUCAACUUUCAACCAGAUGAAAAAUAACGUUCCCGAAGAAUGCAGAGCUGUACUAGGUAAAUCUGACUUGAAUACCGAGUGCCAGUGGUUGAAAACGAGGUUGGAAGCCGAGGAUUCGCCAGUUGUCUUCUGUCACAACGACAUGCAAGAGGGGAAUAUUUUGACACCUCUAGAUACCGAAAAUGAAAACAGCAAUGAAGAAACUAAGUUAGUAAUCAUUGAUUUCGAAUACUGCUCCUACAACUACCGUUCCUUUGACAUUGCCAACCAUUUCGCCGAAUGGGCAUACGACUACACCUGCCGCACUCAUCCCUUCUAUAAGGAAGAUUGGAGCAACUACCCAACCGAAAAGCAACGCAUGGCGUUUGUUAGGGCCUAUUUACACGAACGCGGCUCACGAGAAAGUCCAAAGAAGGUGCUCAGAGAGGUAGAGGUGUUCACAAUGGCGUCUCAUCUGUUUUGGGGCGUUUGGGCGCUCAUCAACGCCGAAACCUCGAGCAUACCGUUUGGAUAUUGGGAAUAUGCAUGUUCGAGACUAUCCUGCUACUUCCAACUGAAACAAAAACUCUCCGGUAGCCAACAGUUAAAAAGGAAAAUGGACGAACUAACAAUGUAAAACCAGACACCUCUAGAUUGAACCUACCAGGAAGCUCUCGAAUUAAAAUUCAACUUUUUUUUUCAAAAUGAC